AUGUUCUAUCUGGGACCAAAUGAACGAAUUUUCGUGACAUGGUUGUAUCUAACAAUCGGAAUCCUUGAUACAAUCUUCGUCUUUGCCUCUUGUUGGAUCAUGUACAAACACUCGACCGAAUCGAUGAAAGUUUAUCGAUGGGUGAUGCUGAAUUCGGUGGAUUCUACUCAAGAGAUUCAGAUAACCGGCUACAUUUCCGAUGUCACCGCCUCGAUUUUUGCUCCAAUUUUUAUUGAUCAAUAUGCCGGUUACUACUCGGCUUCAUUUAUCCAAUUUGCGCCAUUUCUUCAGCACUUGAUAGCUUGUAUCUACAUGAUUUUCGUGCAUUACAAUUACGUGGCCAUCUCAUUGACAUAUUACUUCCGUCUUCGAAUCAAUUUAAACUAUGAAACGACUCGUCUCUCAAACAAGGCUGUCUCCAUCGCUUACCCAUUUCUCUACAUGACUGGACCGGUGACUUUAUGGGCGAUGACAAUGCUGUAUUUUGAGGACAUUAACGGAACAACUAAUUCAUAUGUCUUAAAAAAGCAU